GCAACAUACCUCACCCCGAGAAGGCCCGAAGGAUUCCCUCGUAAAUGCUUUCGCAUUUAAAAAUACAACCUUGCUCUACUGGUUUACUCCUAUGCUGUCACACUUUAAGUACAUUGUACCUGUCUAAACUUCAAAGAUGAACGACUGCCUGGUGUAAGCGCAGUCCUCCAACAAAACGACAAAGCUAUCCGCCUCCUGGCAACACCAAUAUCGUUUGUCAGACGAGAGAUAAGCGCUUACGGCGCGUAAUCUUUCAACAGGUGUGGACGCUACCGUUUCGCUGCAUUGUCUUGGACACUCCCGUGUCAUGCUCUUUGUGUCACGUGGUCCCCAGAGAGACGUUCAUCCUGGAAUGUUCCCACGCACUCUGUAAACAGUGUUACGAAACCGUUCUGCAAGGCAGGCGACUUUGUCCUUUAGACGGUGAACCAGUACAAGAAGGGGAAGUCCAAACAUUCGCAUUCAAACCAAGUCAUCUUAAGAAACAGAAAAUGCGCUGCUGCAACGUCGCUCACGGGUGCGAGUUUGUUGGCGUUUUAGACGAAGUGACGACUCAUUUCUUGAAGGACUGUACUUUCCAUGUUGUGACGUGUAACAGAUGCAAUGCUGCCAUCUUACGCAAUGAUAUCGUUCAUCAUUACACUGAGCAAAGAUGUCAGGCUGCUAGUUCAUCAACGAACUAUGGAAACGAAGUCAGAGCCAACGAGAACAUUGUCGACACUGAAAGCAAGAUGAACGAUGCAUUGGAUGCUGCCAUGGGGAGACUUUGCGCGAUUGAGACGCAGCUCAACGUUCACGUUGUUAGCAUCAACGGUGCAAAGCGAGGCAUAUCUGCGAAUGGGCAGGCGUUAAGCAGGCUCCUUGACCUGCAGGAACAAACAUCCGGUGUCAUGAGGAAGCAGAUAGAGGAAUUAACGAAGUGUCUACACACCGGAAAACGCAUGCUCUCAGAUGCUAUUUCACCGACGUCUGCAGCGGGUGUUAGUCAUACGUCCUCAAUGGCGGAACACGAUAAUGAUACUGAGAACGCUCAAAAAGGUGGAGGUGGAGCUGCUGCUCUCCAACACUCAUCUGAUCAAACUGGAUCUGAGGUUAUCGACGACGUCAACAAGAUUGGCGAGGCCUUAAAAGUUGUGUUUGAUGCUUGCAAGCGGAUUUCUUUUAUGGAUAGAAAGUUGGGUGCGCUAGAGUUAUUGUUAACCAAUUGCAAAAACAAUGUUGCCUAUUAUCAUAUUCAAGACUUCAACGAUAUCGAGAAAGAAUCGGUCAGUAUGCAGGUAAAUCGGUGGUCUGAAACUUUGGUAUUGUGUGGCUACUCUUCCAAGCUUCACGUGCAGAUCGAUACAAUUGAUGGAAUGUUGUAUUUGGGUGUUUUCCUGUCUAUUUGUCGUAGUUCUAGAGACUCCUGCUUGAAAUGGCCCUUUGCAUUGCCUUAUAAAAUCAUGUUGGUCCACCCAACCGAUGAGAAAAAGAACAUCGAGUUUCACGUUAAUGUCUUAGAAUACAUAGAUAGUAAAAGUAUGUGUUUCAUUAAGCCAGCAGGGGAUAACAACAGUGACUUCGGCGCACGUAGGCUAUGCGAGCUGCAAAUUAUAACGAAGGAAGGUUUCGUACACAACAACUCCAUCAGUGUGGGCGUAAAAAUUAUUUCACCUGUUUGUUAAAGGCCUGCUCUUGUCAUGGGGAGGACACCUCACACCGGUUCAAGAGAUUUUGAUCACUUUGAGACUUCACACUUCAGACUUUGAUCACUUAGUUUCAUUCUACCUCUCUGAUGACACUCCUAUUUUGGUCACUUAUUCAGCGUUUAAGUGUUCCACAAUGACUAAAGAAGCAAAUAUUUGUCUAGUUGGUACAUAACUGAGGUUUCUGGGACGCGAAAGCACAGACAUGUACGAGACACACAAAAGAAAACGCCUUCCAAGGUUUGAAGGCGCUGACUUGUGUUGGUCUCGUACAUGCUGGUCCUUUCGCUCCCCUCAGGCACCAGCUACAAUGACAUAUUCAGACGCCAUGUCAGUAGGUGUUUAUAAGUGUCCGCGGUAGGCUGAUAUACUCUUAUAUGUUGAAAAUAGCAUCAUGGUUGUCAAACAUACCUUUCAUGCAUAUGUACAGUUAUCGGGCCUGGAAGGAGAACUUCGGGAAGAAUGCUAAUGCUGUGAACCCUACAAAAAAGCCAACGCAUUACCUUCCCGUUGCAUAAGUUAAUCCGUCUGCGAGUGCACUGUCUUUUAGAAGAUCGGAAAUAUGUUGCUUGGUAUUGUUGAACGAAGUAAAAAUGUGCACGCAAGGAGCUCCUCUCUUCCGCUGUCAUGUGAGUUUUACGGCAGCCUGUUCGAAGUGCAGUUUUCCAACAUGGGCCUGCUCACACAAUGACAACAGUUUUUCUAGUGGCAUAAACAGUGAAGGUUGAAAGAUUUUCACAUCAUUGGGGUACGGUAUCGCUCCUAGCGAUGAAACUCCCCAUACGUCAUCUUAAAAAUAAAGUUGUUGACAUCGAGGAAGGUCCCGCUCAAAGGAUGUCUCUUCAAUAAUUCCAAGAAUACGCCACAUUUUCGAGUGUCUUACUUAAAAUGGCACAUUGGGCCAGUUGGUGCAUGAUUUAAGUUUGGAACUAGGAGCAUAAUACAAGGACAGGAGAACAGCACACCACUAACAACUAUUUAAUGAAAAUUCGUCCCACAGGGCAAGUGUAAUAAAAACUGGUUAAACAACAUAAGACGAUGACAUAUAUGGAAGAUGGGAAAUGCGCCCCCCGGUGGUAUGUAGAUACCCUUUCAUGCUUUUACUCUGUCCUCAAGAUACCUUAUCUCUUCAGUGGUUAGAGCAACAGAGGGUUUACUAAUACAUUUUCUUCGGUGUUUAUUUACCGAAAAGGCCUCAAACAUUUCUCUUUCUAAUCUUGUCUUAAAGAGACCUUUUACGUCAAUCUUAUUAAAAACAGGAGUGCCCCCACAUUGUUUUACAUGAGCUUGCAAGGUGCUCACUACAUUGCCCUUUACGUUGUUGUGGUGCGCUCUUAGUCUUUGAUUAACACACCAAUCGGACUGACCCACAUAAACUUUUUUUACAUGAGAAAGGAAUUUGAUAUGCAAUAGAACACUGGACAUUCAAUUCAACAUAAGUCGUUUUGUGCUUUUGUCGCAUUUUUGGUCGUGUUUUCCAUUCGUUAAUGGAACAAGUGAGGACCGCUUAUGUCGGGAACUAAAAACCACCGGGAUACCAAAUUUGCUAGCUACGUUUUUCAUGGAUGUGAAGUUUUGCAUGUGCAAAUAUGGCGUAACCUGAGGUCUACUGGUGGGUAACUUUUUCCACUCCUUUUAACUCUUUAAGCAUUAUUCUCAAGGUUACAUGGAAAGGAUACCCUGCUUCAUUCAGGCGGUUUUAUGCAGGCAAGACUUUUGCACUGUUUUUCCAAUACACGACAUCCCAAUUCCAUUUUUUUUUACUUUUUGAAUGGUUUGAGCUAUAUGGUAACAACGGUUUUCGAGAUCUUUGUUUGUACUGUCAACAAAGGUGACUAUCUCCUUGAUUCAGCUGAAGAUCCAAAAAUUGUAGUUUUCCUUCAACCGGCAAUUCGUACGUAAAUUCCAAGCCAGAAGCAGAUGAUUAAAAAAUCCUCAGAACUUCACUAACAUCUGAAUGACCUUCAAAAACUAACAAAAAAUCGUAUGCAAACCUAAAUAAAUUUUAAACACAAUAUGCGUUCAAAAGUUGAUUGACCCUGACAUAAAAAAAAAAUCCUAAGAAAAUAUCAAAUAAAACUGGAGCUGUAGAGGAGCCUCUACAAAUGCCCACGCGCUGUGCAUAGACCUCUUCAUUAAACACUAAUUUUAGGGAUUCAAGGUACAUCUUUAACAAAUCCGGUAGGUCCGAGCUCAAAGCCGCAUUCAUUCUGAAACCGUACAAGGCCAUUUUCUCCAAUGCAUUGUUUUUCAGUACACAAAAGUGAUUCUGAGUGUAUAGAAUAAUAUGUCUUUUAUGUCGAUCGAUAUUAUGCUGAGAUUCGAUGCUGAGUUUUCCUGACAAAACUGCACGAUUGUCCCUGAAUAAUAAAUUCUGAAAGUGUAAUUGA